GUUCCGGCUCUGUUUCAGGCCUCCCACGUGUGUGUUUUCUGUGUGUCCAUUGGCUCCACCCAGAUGACACUAUAGUCGGGAAAUCGAAACUCAGAAGUUAGAGCGAUAACCAUAUACGAAAGUAAAGGUCAGUAGCACAGGUAGUUGGGUCGUUGAGGACUACACCACACCGGGGAGUUUAAUGUUGCGGUGUACGAAGUACAAAUAGCCUGCAGUUGGUGGACAUGAUGAAUUGCGCCGCAAAACUAAACGAAUACGGGCAAAAGACACGAGUUACAGUGCGAUAUGAAGAGGUGGAUGUCACUGGCCUGGACCAUAUUAAAACGUUUACUCUACGGGCUGUAGUGAAUGGCACGCCUUAUCCAGAAGCAGUUGGGAAAAAUAAGAAAGAGGCUAAGGAAAAUGCUGCCCAAAAGGCCCUGGAAGUCCUUCAAACAGAGUGCAGUGGUGUUAAUACAUCGCAAACCUCACAGACAUCUGAUAUGCCAGUUGGCUUUACCCAAGCCAAUUAUCAGUGCUGGCUCAAUGAGUACAGCCACAAGACCAGAAAGAUGUUUAAGCUUGUUGAGUCAACAAUCAUGGGCUCAUCACCUUACUGCUGUAGGUAUGUCUAUGGUGAUCAAUCGUACCCAGAUGCUUAUGGGAAAACAAGGAAGGAGGCUAGAGAGGAGGCUGCAAGGCUUGUUUACCUGCAGACUUCAGAAGAGCAAGGGACUCUAGCUGAUAGUUGCAGUGGACCUACUUCAAGACAACAUGAAGAGUUCAACAGAAGUUUAUCUUCUCCUAGCCAUAUCUUUGAAAAUGGCAGGGUGACACCUACGAAUGAUUUCAGCAGUGAUGUUCCCCAGACUAAUUUCAUAGGAGUACUGAACCACCAUUGUCAACAGCAGAAACUGGUAAACGAUUUUAAGUUGGUGGAGAAAAGAGGACCAUCUCACAACCCUGAGUUUGUUUACAAAGUAGUAAUAGGUAAGGAUCAGUAUCCAGAGGGCUGUGGUAAGACAGCCAAAGAGGCAAGGCAGCAGGCUGCUCAGCUGGCAUGGGGUGUGAUCCAAGACCAGCUGCCAAGUCAGGUUUCAAGCAAGUCUAGUGUCUCUGAAGAUGAAUCACUCUGUCAAACCCCUAAGACAUGUGAAUCACAAGAUGUGAGUCCUGCAAGUGCAAGUAGCUUCAUUGUCUUUGAAGAUUCACCCAAAAGCUCCUUCAAAGUACAAGGGGCGACUCCUACACAAAACAAGCCUAAAUGGAUAUUAGCACCAAAUUUCAACAACUCUCCAAAUAAAAGCAUAGAGGAUGGACCCAAUUUCUCAACCAAUCUCACUGGUCAGGUUACUCGGUCCAGAUUCGAAAAGGAAUUUGACCAUAUAGAGCGCAUAGGCAAAGGGGGUUUUGGUCGUGUCUUCAAGGCAAGAAAUGUGGUUGAAGAUGCAUAUUUUGCAGUGAAGAUUGUAAAAAGUACAGAAAAAGCCUCAAGAGAAGUUAGGGCUUUGGCACGUCUAGAGCACCCAAACAUCGUGCGUUACCAUAAUUCUUGGAUUGACAACAUUGCAUGUGGAAAUGGUGGCUGUGAUAGCUCCAGCACUCCAGAUUCAGAAAGCAACUCCACCACGGAGUUCCUCUAUAUCAGGAUGGAACUGUGUGAGAGUAACACGCUUUCAACAUGGAUCAAGGAAAGAAACAAACACCCAGACCCAGACCCACAUAGACGACCGGACGCCCUUGACAUCACCAAGCAGAUUGUAAAAGCGGUGGUGUACAUUCACUCUCAACAGCUCAUCCACCGUGACCUGAAACCUACAAACAUCAUGUUUGGAAGAAAUGGUGAGGUGAAGAUAGGCGACUUUGGCCUAGUGACUGCAGCAGACAGUGACAACGAUGAAAGCCUACUGGAAAGGACAAAGCGGACUGGUACUGUAGUCUACAUGAGUCCUGAACAGAUGAACCAGUCUUCUUAUGACAGAAAAGUGGACAUAUUUUCAUUAGGGCUGAUUUAUUUUGAACUUCUUUGGAAAAUGUUCACAAAGGUGGAAAAGUAUAAAAUUUUGGAUGAUGUCAGGAAAAACACAUUUCCACAGGAAUUCUGUGAUCAGUUUAGCUUUGAGCACAAGCUAAUUGAGCGAAUGCUGUGUCCUGAUGCCUUGGAGAGACCUGAUGCCCAAGACCUGGUCCCAGAGCUGGAGAACUUCAAAUCCUUCCAAGAUCAGAAUUGUAAUCAAAGAAACACAAAUACAAUAGCUAAUGGUUGGCAAAAAAAGGAAUAUUUGAUUAAGGGUCGUACUGGAAUAUCUAACUUCACGAAAAUGUGUUCGAAGGAGAAAAUACUUUCCUACUUCGAGGGUUGUCCGUCAGGUGCUUCCUACAAUGCUUUACAGAUAGCUAAAGCAGUGGGACUGAAAACUACUAAAGAUGUAAACGGAGUUUUGUAUGGUCUCAAGGAUGCAGGCCAACUACAUGUGUCAGUGUCAAAUAAGGGCCCUCCUCUGUGGUCCUUACAAAAAAAACAAGUGGAUACACCUGAAGUGGCAGAAAGACAGCUGGCUAAAGAGGAACAGGACUUAAUGAGGGCUUUGAAGACCGACGGAGAGGAAAAAGGAAUGACGGCAGUUCAAAUAGCCAAAAACACAAAUCAGGAGCCCAAGUCUGUUAAGAAAAUGCUCUAUAACCUGCGUGGAACGGGCAAAGUGGAAAAGUUGGAUGAAAAGGUGUGGAAACUAACUGGUAGUGGCAAAGAGGUCCUUGAAUCAGGAAACAGAGUCUUUGCAGAAAAUCUCACUGAUAAACCAGAAUCAGGUUUGAGGUUCUCAAGGGAUUUUGACCUUGUGAAAAAACUCGGUGAGGGAGGUUAUGGAUGUGUUUGUCAAGUGAAACACAAGCUGGAUGGCAAGUUCUACGCAAUGAAGAUCGUCGACUAUGACCAGGAGGCAGAGCGUGAGGUGAGGGCACUGGCCAUAUGCGAUCACCCAAACAUAGUCCGUUACUCAACAGCAUGGACUGAGGUCUUCGACAUGAACGCUUUGGGCAACCACAGCACCUCUGAGCAAUCAUGCUACCAAACCAACAGUGAGGAGGAGAACAGUGCUUCUGCGAGCAUGGGUGACUUGUCACUUGAGUCAGAGUCAGAAUCAGAGCCAAAGAGCAGAGGCACAAACUCCAGAGAGGGAGGGGCUUGUCUGUUCAUUCAAAUGGAGUUCUGUGAGAAAGGAACACUUUCCAAUUGGUUAGAGGACAGAAACUUUGGGAGGUCACAGAAGACCAGAGAGGAUGCUCUUCGGGUGUUUCAGCAAGUAGUCUGUGGAGUGGAGUAUAUCCACUCAAAAGGACUCAUUCACAGAGACUUGAAGCCUGACAAUAUUCUGUUCACGAAUGACAACUGUGUAAAGAUUGGAGACUUUGGGCUGGUUACGUCAGUAACAAACAGGAAUGGGGGCAUCAUGAAGAGGACAGUGGGCAAAGGCACAGAGUCCUACAUGAGCCCUGAACAGAUGGAUCAGAAGACCUAUGAUGAGAAAACAGACAUAUUUCCUCUGGGGCUGAUUUGCUUUGAGCUUCUGUGGAAAAUAUCAACGUACACUGAAAGGGGAAAGAUAUGGCCUGACUUAAGGAAUCAAGUAUUUCCCACUGAGUUCUCCAAAGCUUACUCAUCUGAGGUGAGUUUCUGUCCUUAUCAUUGCUACACCGUUACAGUCCCUUAUAUUCUUAAUCUCAUGCUUCUCAUAUUUCUCUUCACACAUUUCAGAAUAAACUCAUCAGCAACUUGCUCUCCAAAACACCACAAAUGAGACCAGCUGCUGCAGAGAUUGCCAGAUAUAUCAAAACAUUCCUGCUUAGCGAUACAAGUGUGUGCAAUCAGAAAACUGUGUGACUUUUUUUCGUGAACUGAAGCGGGCGGCUGUGAUGCUUUUUGGAGCACUGAAGAGAGCUGUCUGUAUGAGCUGAGAGCUAGUAAGAAAUUUAAUGGAAUGUAAAAAACUAAAACUGUGGCUUUUACUAGACUGUCAGUAAUAUUAUGCUGUAUUAGCCAAUCUGGAAACGUCGAGGAAAACGGGCACUGUGAUACGCCAGUUAGGUUGUGUGGAAAGAGCACAUUAAUGGGAGGGGUUGGACACUUGUACUCUUGGACUCUUAGGGGGUUCGUCUGACUGAAGUUAGCAAGGGCUGCUAAUAAAACUCACAGCAGGUAUUAUCUUCCUGACAGACCUGCUAUAUGAAUGUCGGUACAGUGUGAAACUAUUAUCUAGUCUCUGGUUGGGGAAAUGCAUAGGAUGAUCAUUGUGCAUCAGGUGCAGAUUGUAUGUUGGUGAUGGUGGUGGUGGUUAGUAUGUUGAAGUUGUUCACUUUAUCUUAACUUACCAAACUGCAUCUAUAAUUUCAGUGCACUUGUCAAUGAUAAUGUAAAAUUUUAAUAUGAACACAGAGGUCAUAGAAAUGCCCAUGAAAUAUAUUUACUUAUGAAAUGGAUAAUGUCAAAAUGUAUGUAAUCGUGUAAGACUAAAUGAAACCUGCUGCUGGUAACAGAAAAGCUCAUCAUUUAUUCUAUAGAUAGUUUUUAGUUUUACUGGGGUGUGCAUGCUGAUUAUUGUUAAAAAAAAGAAUUUAGGAAAUCAUGAUGGUUAUAAUGUCUUCUAAGAAAUGUCCUGAGUAGACGUAUUCUGGUUAUUCUUAAUAAAAUGCUUAAACAUCUGU